CAUCCAGACCACCACCCUCUGUAUCUCUAUGAAUCUCAGUGCCUCGGUGGCCUUAGGGAUGCUCUACAUUCCUAAAGUCUAUGUCAUCAUCUUCCACCCGGAGCUUAAUGUCCAGAAGAGGAAGAGGAGCUUCAAGGCGGUGGUGACAGCUGCGUCCCUGACCACACGCCUCUCACACAAGACCAGUGACAGGCCCAAUGGAGAGGCUAAGACGGAACUUUGUGAAAACGUCGAUCCAAACAGUCCGGCAGCAAAGAAGAAAUAUGUGAGUUACAAUGACCUCGUGAUCUAAGAGCCGUCACCAGAGAGAGGGACAUGAUGGAUGGAGAUGCUUGGUCUCCUGCCCCGUUGGCAACGAAAGAAAAAGGAUGUUUAUGUUCAUGCUGCUCGAUUGCCCACUCACACCCCGGAACCCUCACACCAAUGGAACCCCCGGAACUCCGGAACAGGACAGGGACAAUGGGUGGGUUCUGGGUUCUAGAGCUUUCCAUUCACCCAGAAGAUUCUGUGUGGCAAACUGAUGUUUUAACAUGGUUACGAUGGAAUGGAAAAGACCAAAAAGAGACAUACUAUGGGUGUAAAAACGUCAAGAAAAAAUGUUGCGAUGGGCAAAAAACAUCUACAAAAUCAUUUGUUUUCGCAAAAUGAUUGCAAAGAAAAAAAGAAGCACAGACCCUCCUUGCUGGCUCUACAACCCCCCUGUGCUCCUCCGGGUUAGGGUGGUCAUCUCUGCCGACCCCUCAGAGAUGGUCCCCCACUCCCUAGAGAUGUGUCUCUACAGGUACACUGGCUGCAGCAGGAGGACUAAAUGUACUUGUACCUGCCUGUACCUUCAAUGGAGGCUGUUUCUUGUCUUUUAAUGUCCUUCCAAAWUGCAAGUUUUCCAAAAUUCCUGUCAAAAAAAGUGUGUGGUUCUAUUGGCCUAUCUGUUACAUUUGUUGUUAAAUUUUUAAUAUCAAACUUUUUUUUGUUGCUUGUCUGUUUUUUCCUUCCUUGCUUCUUGGACGCACAUUCAAUUAAAGCCAUA